AUGUCCUGCAUACCAUCUCCAGCUGGUGACCCUCCAACCAUCAGCGCGCGACCGAAACUCACCCUCCAAACCACCUCUCUCCCACGCACAUUUGGCUCCUCAACAACCGGCCUCUCCCGCUCCUGCACAGCAGCCCCAGGCGCAUCACCGACCGUCGGAAAUACCUUUAAAAAUGCCUAUGACAUCGCUACGCCCGCCUCCGCAACCACAUCUCCCUCCAAGGGCCCCAGCCUCCGCUUCCCCAACAAACCCAUCUCACCAUACGUCCACCACUCCAACAAUAACAACAACCCUUUCAACUUCCGCCCUUACCAACUCCCCCUAGGCGUGCGAAGCAUCUUGCGCAACUCCCCCCUCGACACAGCCCCCCGCCGACGAUCAGGCUCCAUCUCCGCAGGCACCAACAGUGGACCCGGGGGCGCAGGCGCUCGCCGGGUCUUCUUUCCCGCCAAGAAGCAAGUCAGCUAUCGCAUCCCACUCGAGGAAGAGAUUCGCACGGAGCGCUACACCGCGCACCAUCUAGAUCUCGUGCACGAAGAAGAAGAAGAACGCUCGGCGCAGAGAAUGGCCGCAGCUGCAGCUGCAGCCGCAGUGGCAGUGCAAACACACGAGGCUGCCCGGGGGCCAGAAACACAACCACACAUCUCCAACUCGGGCCCCACCCACGACUCAGAAGCCAACCAGUCCCUGUCUGAAUCUAGUACCUCGGACGAGGCUAGUGCCGACGAGGGACUGCCCAAAUCCACACUAUCCAAACUGGAACGCAAGAAGAGACGUACCAUGCGCACGGAGCGGCAGGUGCGCGCUGUCGCGCUGCUCGAUGGCCUGGAAGCAGAUCAGUACUCCACCGCCUGCUCGACGCCGCAGACGCCCCAGGGACGGGUCAAGCGUCGCCGAGAGUGGAAAUGGACGUUGGGCUCCCUUAAUACCGAUAUCACGGCUGCUACCAGUUCCGGCAGCGUUUCUUCGGCGACGGCUACGCCUGAAACUCCAUCUGUAUCCUCUGCCUCCACUGUCGAUGAUUCGAAGCCCGAAACACAAUCCUUACAGGAUCAAUAA